AUGUGUCAACAGGUUGAAAGCUUGGAUCGUAAAUAUUCGACUUCAAUGUCUCUUCUUGAUCUACCGAAAAUUUGCUCAACUUUACCAAGGAUAAGUGAUAGAAAUUUAUUUGCCGAACUUGCUUCUCGAGGGAUUAAACUGACUGAUGUUGGACAAGAUACGCCAUCCAUAAGAGUUCUUCUGGGAGCUGAUGUGCUUGGAAGAAUAUUGAUCGGAAGAAUAGAGAUACUUGCGUCCGGAAUAUCAGCCAUAGAGACUUUAUUGGGUUGGACCAUUUUAGGAUUAGGGAAGAAAAAACAAUCUGUUAACGUGGUUACACUAGCUCUGCAAAAUAUCGAGCUUCCAAAAAUUUGGGAUUUAGAAGUUUUGGAAAUUAAAGAUCCCAUUGAAAGGAAAAAUAAGUCAAUUCUGGCAGAAGAAACUCUGCUCCAUUUCAAGGAAACUGUAAAAUUAAAGGAUCUACGAUAUGAAGUAGCAUUACCUUGGUUGUCUGAUCACCCACCAGUGUACAAUAUGCAUGAUAUGGCUGAAUCUAGACUACGUUCAGUUACAAAGCGUCUAGUGAAAGAAGAUAUGUAUAAAGUUUACGAUGAUGUUUUGAGACAAUGGCAAAGGGAAGGUAUAAUAGAAGCUAUCGCAGAGAAUGAAAUUUCAAACCUAGGUCAUUAUCUUCCUCAUGGACCCGUCAUCAAAUCAGCAAGCCUCACUACUAAAGUUAGUCCAGUUUUUGACGCAUCCUUCAAACGACCAGGAUAUUCUUCUCUAAAUGAACGUUUAAGUGUUGGACCUAGCCUCUCAGAACAGAUUCCUCCUCUUCUCUUAAGAUUUCGCACUAAUAACUUCGGAGUGAUUGCUGACAUUAAGCAAUCUUUUUUACAAUUAAGUGUCAGACCAGAGGAUCGUGAUUUUUUGAGAUUCUUGUGGUGGGAUUCCAAAGAUAGUUCGAAACUGGAAUUUUUCAGACAUUGUAGAGUUGUCUUCGGAGUUGCAUCAAGCCCUUUUCUUUUGAAUGCUAGCAUUCGCCAUCACUUGGAUUCAGCUGAAUUCCAAAAUGAGUCUCUUCAACCGACAGUCCAGAAACUUAAACGAGGAUUUUAUGUGGACAAUUUAACAGUCAGUGUUGAAAACGAAGAAGAAUUAUUACGGUUCAAGGAACAAGCCAUGCAAAUAAUGAAUGUAGCGUCCUUUGAAUUACGGAGUUGGGCUCACACAGGAAUUAAACAUCUAGAAAGUCAAAAUGUGCUCGGACUUAAAUGGGAUACCGAGACCGAUGAGCUCUACUGUGUUGAUCUUGAAGCUGAUAUGGGAAUAAGUGAUACUAUUUCUAAGAGGAAAUUACUUUCAAUUGUAAAUAGUAUAUAUGAUCCUAUUGGUUUCACCUCACCUGUGACUUUAUUACCAAAAUUAUUGUUGCAAGAAGAUUGGCGUAAUAAAUUGGACUGGGACGAGGAGUUAACACCUGAUAUGAAAAAACGGUAUCGACGAUGGGCUAAACAUUUAGAUCUUAUUGAAAGAUGUAGAAUUCUUCGCAAGCUAUUUUAUGGAAGUUUCGAAAAGGCUACCUUGCACAUAUUUACGGUUGAUUGA